AUGCGCCUUCCCUGCGUCCUAAUCUUUUUCGCUUCUGCUACCCGUCCAGUAGGUGUUGGUGCUCAUGUAGAGCCGUCGGACGUCGUCACCUCAGAUGGUCGAUUUGAGGUCCAGAGGCACUUGAGAGUCCAAGAGGGCGCACACGGCGACGAUGUAGACGAGAGAACGAAUAGCUUCAACUUUGGCGAAGAAAUCAUAAGCUCGGCAGAAAAACUUGAACCUACGACUUCAAACUCGAUUCCUCGCGACAGUGCGCCAGACACCUUUAAACGUCUGGCAGAAAGCCUCCUUGAAGGUCCGUCAGAUUCCACUAUCAAGAGUACCUUAAAGCGUACGGCAGAAAUGAUGGCACCCGAGAACAGACCAGCCAAGUUUCGUGAUACUGUGGAGAACGAAUUUUUGACCGAAGCGAGAAAUGCAAAAUCGCUGAACAUGAAUACGAAAAAAGGUGAAGAGCCUCAAAAGCCAUUUAGUUUCGUAAUGGAAAAAUUCAAAGAAGAAGAUCUGGGCACGCUCUUUGAAGAAACAAACGAACACCUUGUUAAGAUGAAUAAAGACGACCCCAAGGGAGUAUUCGAACUAUAUCAGCUUAACUUUGCAGAAGACAAGCUUUUCGAACAGCCGCAGCUGUCCUACUGGGUCCACUUCUUGGACUUAUAUAACGGUUACCACAAGCUGACUCGAACCUUGCUUUCCAGACUGCUAGAUUCGUAUUCCAUGGAUGAUUUAUUCACCGCUAUACGCAAGGCCCCAAACAAUGAAGUUGCGCUGCGAGUGGAAGACGAGAUAAAAGAAUUUUGGCUUUCGGAGCAUCAUACUCCAGAUGAUGCCUUCACUUUCUUCAACCUUGACAAGACCAAAGACACCCUUUUCGACGACCCUUCAUUCCCCUUUUGGACAAGCUACUUUACUUACUAUAAUUCCAAGGUACCCGAGACAUCCAAAGUAUCACUGGAUGUGGUACUGGAGAAAUAUUUACGCCCGUACUGGUACAAUCUGUUGGAAAAGGAAAAAGAUAAAAUUCCUGCUGUCAUCUUGCCUUUUGUUGAAGAAGAAGUGAAAAAAAUGCUGCUGAAAUUUUGGAAUGGUAAGGGGGCAAGUAAGAAAUUUGUGCAGUCCAACUUACGCGAUGAAUCAAACGUGAAUACGGUGUAUGGAAGCGCGCUACGACAAGCUGCACAUGAAUAUCUUCAAUCGCUUCCGAUGGUAUAG